AUGGCACAGGACGACGAGCAAGUUCCUUGCGUCGACCCCGACCUCAGCAUCACACACAACGCCGGGCUCGUCCUCGCGAAGCAUGCCUAUAUGCGCCAGAUGGAUGUCAUGUGGCAGUGGCCCAACAGCCUCAACCCCUGGCAUGCCGGAGCUGUCAACUCAUUCCUAUCCAAUACUGCCCUCUUCGACAAGGGCCACCCUCUCCACCCAGGGCAGUAUGGCUUGACCCUGUACCUAGGAUACGACAAGACAAAUCGCCCUCGUCUUCUUUUCACCUUGAAACAGGUCGAGUACAUUCAGUACUGCAUCCACGCUUUGCGCCUUAGCAACCCAUCUUGGGUCGAGUACUACUCGAAACGGGCAGAGCUGGAGCAAGAUGGGAGUGAGAAGGCAAUGCAAGAGCUGGAAGAGCUGGAAGAGCCGUCUUACGAGCUGGGUCAGGACGAUUGGGUCCCGAUUCCGGAUAUGGUGUUGCCUGCCGAGUGGUUCAUCAAGGUCGAGGAGAUUACUAUCCCUUCUUUCUUCCAUCUGACCAAGAUCAACAAGCAGCUCGACAAAGACUCCAAAAUCGCCGAGCGUCACGAGCGCAACGAGCUCCCCUUGCCAGACUUUGACCCCAAGCGUUUUGACCCCAUUCUGGCACUGGACGUCCCUCCCACUACCGAGGAAGAAGAGAUCAAGAAGAAGGAACAGCGGGCUGUCCAGAAGGAGCAAGAGAAACAGGCUAGAAGGGAGAAAAUGGAGCGUGACAAGCUGGCGAAGCAGGGGACUCCGGCAGGAGACGCUACCCCAAAAGCUCCCCCAUCCGCGCCAGAAGAAGCAAGGGCCGAAGAAAAGUCAGAAGCAAAGGCGGCCGACGUCAAGCCGAAGGAAGACGAUUCGCAAAACCCUGCUUGGAUCAAGGCAGCCGAAAAAGCUGCGACGAAAGUCCUUCAAGAUUUCGGGUUUGGGUCCAACACCAAGAGCGACGAUGACAGCGACGACGGCGCGUCACGAGACGCUUCUCUUGAUUCAGGUGACGAGGGAGAAGACGAUGAACCGCAGAAGACUCUGACGGAUGAUCAGCUCGCCGAGCGAUAUCAUUUCGUGGCAUCGCAAGCGCUCAUCAUUGCCGCUGAAGGCGGCUUGCGCAACGCGCUCGCGGAGGUUGAGGCCGAGGUGACCCCGGAGAAUGAACAGCCGAAAGAAGUUGGGAGAAGCAGCUUUUUGGCGUUGGCGGUGACGAGAUGGGACCAAGAUUCAAAGGUCGUCCUGGAGGUCGGAUGGUCUGCCAUGUACUGGCAGGAGGUCAUUCAGCCCGGCUCUCAAAAGGAAGGCAAUGCAAAGCCCGUCUUUGAGGAAAUCAGGGACCAAGGUCAUUACAUUGUCGAAGAUCACCGUCUGGACAAGAAGAAUACCACCUAUCCCGACUACCGAGAAAACUAUCUUUUUGGAGAGUCUCUUCAAGUUCCGAAAGCCAAGCUCAAAUCAACCAUCCGAAAUAAACUCGUUGAAGUCAACACCAAAGGUGGUAAAGGAUCCAUCUAUGUUCUAGUCCAUGCCCCCAAAGGGGUAGACUUUGAUUUCAAAGACAUCGGACCCAGCUUUUCGACCGAGAGAGGCGAUUUCGGUGACCUAAGGCCCGACACUGGAAACCUUCCGCCUUACAUGGAUGCCACCAACGAUGGAGCUGAUUACCUUUACAGAACACUGCCGCUCUUUUCGGAGGUAUUGAAAGAGCAACUCCCACCCGCCCACCUGCCGGUUACACUCCCGUCAUCAACUCGACCUCUAUUGACGAGUCUGGGCAGGACGGAAAAGUCUUUGCAACACGUGGCCAUGUUGUUGUUUGGCGAUGAUGAGCAUAGAAAGCCGCAAUUCUGCGGCAACGCUGGUAACGACGCUUUCUAUACACUCCAGAUCUUCUUGGCUCUUAUGACGGGCAACACCCUCGACAAGUUCAGAGAGGUCUACGAGGCCAACCCAGUCCAGCCCGACUUUUUCUCCUCAAUGCACGACCCAACCGCUGCUGAAGAGCCUCUGGAGCUGAUAAUUCCCGGGCCCACCAGAGAUCAGGUUCAGGACAGCGAAAAGUGGGAGAAUGACGAGGUGGAAGGGCAGAGUAUUGAAGAGUGGAUAGCCAACCAAGAAGAUGGGUUCCAAGUGAUCAUGGACCCCAACCAUGUGGAGGAAGAGGAGCUGCGGGGCGUCUCGUUCUUCUGUGAGGAUGAUGAAGGAAACGAGGUUGCCGUAGGCUGGGAGGGAUGA